ACAGCUAGUCGGUCUUUACUCAUUGUCAAGUUACAUUUUUCUUGUGCAGCUUCUGGCCAUUCUUUUUAUAUAGGACUCGCGAUCGUCCAUUUCCCUUCACUGCUCGAAGUCCGCCGUAGAAACUUAUCACUGCAGGACGUCGACCUUGACCCUCCCUCGCCGACUUGGAAGUUGCCCUCUCCUGCACUAUCUUAUAGGCUAAGGAUAGCCUCGGUGGGCUGUUGAAAGUCCUUUUUUACUUUCCUGAUGAUUCUAUCCUCAUAUACAAUGCGCACGUCGCUAGUAAUAUGCGGCCUAAUAGCGGCUACCGCAAACGCCGCUGCACUCAAUGCAAAUUUCAUGGAGGAGAGGAAGAAACUGGCCAAGGAGUGGUCGGGGAACGGAGGUGAUCCAGCAGCCAAAUAUUUUCAUGAAGCAUCAUUCAGCUAUCAUUAUGAUGGUCGGUUCACCGACAAGGCUCUCGAUCGCGAGGAACAGUCUGCACAUUUAUCAGCCCUAAUCACGACAUAUCUGUCCUUCAUGGACGAACUUGAUGUAGAAACCUGGAUUAUGCACGGCACAUUACUAGCAUGGUGGUGGAAUCAGAGGAUAUUCCCCUGGGACGACGAUCUGGAUGUCCAGGUCUCAGAACCAGGCAUCCACUUCCUCGCGGAAAACUACAACAUGACCGAACACCAUUUCGAAAUCCCCGGUGUCCCUGGUGGGCGCAAAUACAUGCUCGAAAUCAACCCUCACUACGUCAUCCGCACCACCAUGGACUGGCGCAAUGUUAUUGACGGCCGGUGGAUUGAUACAUCCAGUGGACUGUUCAUCGACAUCACCGCCGUGCGUGCGGAUGAUAAUCGGCGGGCACAGGGUGAAGUGGGCGCAUUGAUGUGCAAGGAUUCUCAUCGAUUCCAGGAGAAUGAAAUCUUCCCUCUGCGACGAACCGUCUUCGAGGGAGUCCCGGCCAAAGUGCCGUAUGCGUAUACGAAGUUAUUGGCGGAUGAAUAUGGGGAGAAAUCCAUGACGAAUCCGCGAUUUAACGGAUAUACAUUCUCGGAAGAAUUUCAACAAUGGAUCAAGAAUUCGGAGGUGGACACAGUCAUUGAAGAACACGAGAAACAGCCAGAAGGAAAAGAAAAAGUCAAAAUCGAAAACUCUAUACAACGCGUCGAUAACUCGACGUUUAAUUCGACGACAUUUAAUUCUACAAACAACGCAACAUAGUCCUGAUAGCAUUUCAGCAAUUUCGGGAUUAUCUUUCUCUCAUCUUUCAAUUUAUCUUCGUCUAAUGGUUGGAUGCAAGCCGUGUAUUGCAUUGCUGGUGUUUGUGCUUGAUUUCUCUGGACAUAUCCAUGGGUGACCAUUUUUACAUAUAUAUCUCUUCUGUUCGGCGCUUUUGUACAUACAUGUUGGCGAGUAUAUACUGUAUUUGAUGUAUAUUGCAUAAUCAUACCACUUAUGUUUGCAUCUCU